GGACAAAGAAAAUUGCUGGUGACACAAAAACCAAGAAGAAGAGCAGGCAACAUGGGGGUUCAACAUUGGAUGAUCUUCAGCAAGCUCUCGAGGACUACCUGCCGGUCUUAUUGGGGCUCGUUCAGAAUGAUUACGCAGGGAAGCAGCUACAGAAUAUGGUUCAAUUCUCUUGGGUAAAUCAGGAGGACAGUUCAAAGGAGACAACCAUGUCAGAUUACUGGUAUGAGGUGUUAUCAGUUUUGCAUUUGUUGGCUAUGCUAUCAUUAUCACAAGCCAAUUUAUUACUUCUGCCCAAGGUGCCACCAGAUGGAUCUGUGCUCAAAGUCGCAGCAGAGUGCAGAAAAGCUUCCAUUGAUGUCUUCUUAAGGGCAGCAGGAUACUUAGAAUUUGCUGUCCAACAUGUUCUUCCACAGUUUCCCUUUGAACUCAGGAAAGAUCUACCAUUGGAUCUGACCCAAGAAGUUCUUCAAGCUCUUAGCCUGCAAGCUCUUGGCCAGGGUGUUAAUGUUCAGCUUGGAAUGGCAAUUGAUAGCCUCAAAGCUACACUAGCAGUGAAAAGGAGGCUUGCCUGUGAGAUGGUUACAUAUUUGGGUCAGGCUCAUGAGAGUAUUAUGGACCUUCCGCUAGCAAAUAGAUGGGGAGAAAAGCAUAAACUUUUUAUUGACUGGAAAUAUAUUGAAGCCAAGGCUGUUGCCUACUAUUUCCAUGGUUUAAUCCUUAAUGAAGGAAACACAGAAAAGUCCAGCGAGAUGGCUGCAGCUGCUUUACAAACAGCACAUAAGUUAGUUAGUGAAAGCAAGAAAGCCUGUGAAUCUUUUCAUAUGAUGCCUCCCAUAUCACGUAGUCCACCUCUUUGGGACACCAGCAUGUGCCUUGCUGAGAAAAUUCCAAGAGAUAUCGCAAGUAAAGUUUUCAUCAAGCAACACUUCAACAAUCAACAUAAGAUUAUGCAGGCAGCUCCAGUGUUACCAGAUUUCGUGUUGUCCCUUAAACCUGACGAGUACCGGCUUCCUCCAGUGGAUCCUUCAUGGAAUAACAAUGUACAAGCUUCAUAGAAUGUAUGUUUUCAGACAGAGAAUGUUAAGACAGGUAAUAUUCUGAAUGCCUACUGACAAUACAAGAAAGGAAAAUAAAUAUAUCAUUAUUUUCCCAAUAAACAUUCCUACCAUUCAAGCAUGUACUAUUUGCCUUUCAGCAGUAAAGUUUCCCAGGAGAUUUGUAGUGUAAAUCCCCACCAUUUAGCUAGAAAAUUUGGUUGUGUUCUAGUGGUGCUUGUUUCAGUUCUUAUUCAAUCAAUUUACUUUCUGUUAUUUGUUAAAUUUUUUCAUCAUUAUCUUAUUCAAAUGUUCUUUAAA